UUAUGUUAGUUAUGUUGUCCAUCUUCUCGCUGAUGUGUCUUCACUGACACAAUCAAUUUUCACUAGAAUGACAUCCGUUUUGUGGGCGAUAUAUUUUAUUUUAUUUAAUCGUCAAUUUUCAUUCUUGAUGUAAAUGAUGUAGCAGUCUCGCGUGCAACUUUAUUGUACAGAUUGAUUACCUCGCGAUUUUUAUCAUUUUAUACAUAGUACUUAUUAAGUAGCUGUGAUAACUUAGUCGUAAGGAAUAUGAUCAUUGCUACAUUCUUGGUGGUCCGACAGUUUCUUUCGAAAGUUUUUGAAAGUGAAAUUAUGGUCGCGUCGUAGGACAAUUUGUAUUAAUUCACAUUAAUAAUGGUAGCUGCUAGAGCAACAGUUUUGAUGGCAGCUAGCGAGGAGACGUCUUCAAAUGAGGCAAGAAGUGGUCCAACACGCUCGAUAAAUCAAAGUACUUGUUCACAUUAUAGUGAGAUACAGCGUUGUCAAAGGAACAUUGAAUCAUCGGCUAAAGGAGAUGUGGCUACUUGUUCUUUGAAUAUUAUAGAAAAGAAAUAUCGUAGCCCUACAAUAGAAAAAAAUGGUAAAAUAAUAUCUAAAGUAGAGCCGAAAGAGAGCUCUAAGAAUUUUGCAACGUGUAAAACUGCUCAGAUUCGUGAGACCAGAACUUCUAGAUUACGGGCUGCUUCUAUAGUAUUACCCAAUGCAGAUGUAACAUUAUCAUCUAAAAAGUUACUUGGAACAGAAACUUUUGACUCUCAGCAACACAAUUCAUCAGCCAAGCAAAAAAAUUCUACAUCUCUCAAUAUCACCAUGAAUUCUGUCAAGGAAAAAGAUAAAAGCUACAAACGUAAAUCUUAUUUAAAUAAAUCAAAUCACAUCGUUAAAACUGUGCCUGUUGAUCAUUCAAGUGAAGUUGAGUCUAGCGAGAGACAUUCCAGAAGGCAAUAUGUUAAACAAAAUCAGGUAUCCGAAAUGGUAUCGAAUCCUGUUGAGUCUUGUCGUCAAAUGGCCAGUCUGCGCAGAAAACAUAUUGAUUCAAAAGCUGGAAUUCAAUGCACUACAAAAAAUUUUUCUAAAACUUACUCAUCGAAUGCAAAGCGUUCGAUUAUGCAACAACUUAGUGAUGUAGGUGACUCGGAAGUUUCACGGAGAGUGGACGAGUUAACGGCAUUAACGCGAGCUACCAUGGAACGCGUGGAAAGACUUGCGUCUGCAUCCAUGAGCUCUGUUAAUCACUCGAUCGAGAAUCUGCACAUUAGUAUGGAGAAAGUGUCCAUGUCGCCAAAAAAGUGUACACCUAGACACACGCCAGUUUCAAUUCUUAAGCAUAAAAGUAUCGAUGGCGAAGGAGGUGAUCGACAAACGUUAUCUGGUUCCCAUACAUCAUCACCAGUAACUUUUUCGCCAUCUGUCAUGGAACCUGUUUCUCACAAGAGACAUGGUAUUUUGAAAAAACGAAGCAGUUUAGACGAAAGUGAAAUAUUACGUCGCCGUAGCUGUUCUCCUGAUGUUUCCUUCGCUGACAACACUUACUCAGAAUUUCGGCCAAUCUUGAAAAAUCAAAGGCGAUCCUCCUUGGAUGAAAUUAUCAAAAGAGAUCAGAGUCCUGAUCAACAACCUGCCUCAAUAUUGAAACGUAAAUCAUCUAGGGAAGAUGACAGAGAGCUUCGAUUAUCAUUGGGAUCUCCGGAACCGCAAAGCAUCCUAAAACGAAAACUCGCCAACAGCGUCCGCGCCAAUAGCGUCAGUCAUCACGUAACGAUUGCAUCAGAUGUCACGAGCACGAAUGUGAGUGGAAAUACGAAUGCGAGUACAAAUGCAAGUCUUGUGUCUGAAAGUCUCGAGGGAUCUGAAGUGAGACCGAUACUAAAAAAGAAAUACAGCAAGGAGGAAUUCACCGGAAGCGACAUUUUGUCUCUCGAGCCUCGGCCUAUAUUAAAAAAGAAAUCAAGUACUGAAUCGGACGAACACGAGCACGAUAGGCCGAUGAAAACGAUCUUAAAAUCCUCGCGAAAGAAUUCUUACGAGGAGGGUAAUUACGAAAUGGAAUUGAUUUCUCCGAGAAAAUUAUCCGCGUUGAAGAAUCGAGCGAGCGAGAUUGAAAAUGUACGACCUAUAUUGAAACAGUCCAGUGGUAGCCGUUAUUAUGACGAUUUGUGUGAUUUAACGGCGGUGAACUCAUUUUUGCGAAAGAGAGCGCAGUCUGUAGGUCAUGCGCGAUCUGCUAACAGUGAUACUUGCAUCGAGUCGGUUCGCGCGUUAGCAAAACGAAGAUCUCUCGAGUCUAGUUCGCCAAUCGAUGUGUUAUAUACUCCGACAACGACACGUUACUGUUUUAUGACCAAUCGGACGUCCAAUGAAAUUUCCUACGCAAUAAAUAGCUCCGGUGUAAUUAAAGAAAGUAAGCUAUCGUGUGAGGGAUCUAAUAAGAUUAAGCAAAUUAGUACAAACAGUAUGGAGGAGAAGAAUAAGAUAGAUUCUCAUAUACAUCUUAUGAAGAUCGAUGAUGAUAUGAACUGCGAAGCGACACAAGUUCUUAAUCGAAUUGAUAGGAAAGAAGUGGUAGGAGGAGAAGAGGAAAAAAAUGCACAGGGUGUUUAUGAGGAUUAUGCCGUUAUUUGUCGUAGCAACAGCGUAUCGAAAAUGACACAACAUUUUAAAGUUCUACAAGAAAAGGCAAAGGCAACGGCUGCUGAAAAUGGUUUUCAGCGCGUAUCUUCACAUAAAUUAUCGCGUGACAUUCAACGUUAUCGCGAACGCAAGGUACAAGGUGGCGAUAGAUUUAAUACUCAACCAAUAACUUUCAAAGAAGUGCGUGAGGCGGUCUUACAAAAUCAGCGCAAUGCCGUAACGUUGAGCGAUGCGAGAACAACCGAUAAUGAGUCUGAGCCAUCCAAGCUAAGCUUAGCCGAACGCGUGCAACUUUUCAAUCAAAAGACCGCGAGCACAGAAACCUCUCCCAAAAACGUUGCGUUCCAGGAAAAGUUUACUCAAAAAAGACGACAGUCUACUCGCUACAAAACACAACCUGUAACAUCUGAGGAGGUUGAAGUGGCAUCCCGGAUAUCAUCGCUGAACGUAAAUCAAACCUUAGUUGAAGAAGGACAGUUAAAAGAAUGUCGAAGAUCGCUUUAUUCGCUUGCAACAGCAUCUCAACAUGAUGUACCAAAAAGUAUUCUAAAGUCAUCUACCGGUUAUACGCAAAAUUUGUUGCGUGCCAAAAGUCCAGAACUUGAAGGUAUAAAAUUGGUAAAAUCUGUACUUAAGAAAGAAUCUGAGGAAUUGGAGCAACAGAUAGUAUUGUUGAAUUCUGAGGGAUAUCCGCGUUCUAUUUUAAAAAGUAAUUCUUACUUAAGGCAACCAAUUCAGACAACGAGUGUUGAUGCGAUAUUCAAAAACGAACGAGGAUUAUGUAGCGUUGAGAGCUCAAAUUUAAACAGCGAGACUGUUAAAUUCUGUGAAAAAUUAGAUUGUUCCAAUGUAGCGACUAAUCCUAAUAUGAUGAGAGAUCCUUGUGAUGAGAUGCGAGUAACUAUUUCUAAGCAAGAUGGCGGUAAUAUGGCGAUAAACGAACCCACAGUGCCUUUUCAUAAAGCUGUAUUAUUUCGAAAGGAAAAAAUCAUUUCAAUUGGCAUGGAUAACUGCAAAAUUGAUGCAAUGUCGAAUAGUGUAUUAGAAAGACGCAGCAACGAAAGGCACGGCAAUUCGUUAGUGGGCAAAUCUAAUCUGACGUUGAAUGUAGGCGACAAUAAGGAUGACAAAAAUGACAACAAUGACGAUGAGGACAACGAAAAGUCUGUUGAUAAAGAAGCAAAAGAAGAAAAGUUAGCAGUGCCAAAAGUGGAGCGGAACGAUGAUGAUAAUGACGAUAAUGACAAUGAUGAGAACAAGACACAUAAUCUUAUUGUCAAUGAAAUGUUGACUAGUGCUGUACGAUGUUCCAUUAAUUCGUUGUCCAAAAGUAUCAGUCAACACUCUUUAGGCGAUGAGAGAUGGAAAGUAGCACAGCAACGUGAUGUGCCAUUUUCAGGACUAUGUCGUAGCGCGACGCAGGUAAUAGCAUCAAUAGAGACGAAUGAGAUUCCCAGUGUGAGUAUUGCUGACCGGUUGGCUGCGCUACGUCACAGCGGUAGUACUAAAUGGAAACAAUGUAUGGACGGUGCCAGAGUUGACAAAUCGUGCGACGACUCGUUAUUCAGUUUGGAGGAAAGUACGAUUAAAUCGGGCGUACUGGCCGAUUGCAUUGAGAAGCUUGAAUCUGCUGUGGAAAGCUGGAAAAGCAGAAUCAUAACACCCGACGCGGUUAACUUCACUGUUGCUGGUAAAAUGAAAGAAACUCCAUCAAAAGAUGCCAGUUUGCCCUUCUUUACAGAAGUCAUGGCGAACGUUUCAAAUCAAAAGAAGAAAGUGCCGCGUCCACAGUGGUACAAAAUGAGGAAAGAUAAAGGUGAAGAGUAUACAACGGAGCAUGUUUUAUCACCGAGUGUUUCAGUACCUAAAACGGAUGAUGAAACGUUUACUUCUUUCUUUAGCGGUGUGUCGCUAGAAAAGUGUGGGACCGAGUGUUUUAAUUUAGAUGAAAGCGACUUUGAUAUAAUCACACCACAAUCCAAAUUAUUAGUACAAAAGCGGAAUAUACGAAUGCAACGUCGACGGGCUACUUCAAGAAAUCCCCUUAGAGUUCUCGCGGCACGAACUGAUUUGAAAUCGGAAUACACUGAAAUUCAUACGAAUCUAGUCACGAAAAUAAUGAAAAAUUCAAAUAUAAGAAAACUUGCCGAAAGUUCAUCUUUUACUGUCGAGGCUCUCGCCGGAUUGGCUUCUAUCGAAGAUUUUAGUACGGUGACUUUGAGAAAUGUGUCGGAAACAAGCAUGUCUAUAAAUAAGUUGCAACCAUAUAAAGACAUAAUGUUGAUAUUGAUUAAAGGAAGACGACAUGUUCAAGUUAGAUUGGUUGAACCUAUCGCUGACAGUAUCAAUACUGGUGAUAGUUAUAUACUAGUAACAAAAUCAGAGAUUUUCAACUACAUAGGGAAAUACAGUAACAUUAUCGAGAAGACUCAUGCCGCUGAAAUCGUAUUGAGUAUUCAACAACAAAAGGAUCUAGGAUGCCAAGCGAUCGAAGUAAUCACUAUAACUGAUGAUAAACUAAUUUGCUCGAAAAAUGAGGUUAACAAGUUUUGGGAUUAUCUUGGCGUAGUCAACAAGGAAAAACUAACCAUUGUUGAGGCUGGUCAUCCUGAUGAAGAUGAAUUGUAUGAAUCUGCUAUUAUCGAUACAAAUAUGGUGUACGAAUUGAAAGGUGAACAAUUAGUAUCGUACGAAAAAUUCUGGGGUACGCUUCCAAAAAUAGAAAUGCUUGAUAAGAAUAAGAUUUUGGUGUUCGAUUUUGGUACUGAGAUGUAUAUUUGGAGCGGCAAAGGAAUUUCAGCGGAUAAAAAGAAACUUGCUACGCAGCUGGCCACAGAAAUGUGGAACAAUGGAUACGAUUAUAGCGAGUGUACUGCCUGUCCGAUUAACGCAGCCCGUAUGAUUGGUAAUCGGAACAACAAUUCGCGUACUAGCCCACUCGCGAAAUUCGCCAAAAGUAGACCUGAAUGGUGUUUACUCGCUAAGUUGACGCAACACGUUGAAACAAUACUAUUUCGAAAGAAAUUUCUCGAUUGGCCUAAUGUUAUUGGUACGACAAAAACGCGAUGUCGAAAUGAUGAUGCGCGACAAAUCGAUGGUGCCAUAACUGUGCAACUAGAUGAAAACGACGAUAUGUGGCUAUCAAAGUCUACUCCAGUCGAUUUUAUUCUAGAGGGCUGUCAUUUAGGCAGAGGCACUGGUUGUUACGACAAUGAAUUGAAAAAAGAAUAUAUUGUUGCUACAACGAGCAUUAUAAUAUGGCAUAUCGAUGAAUUUUCACAUACACUUUUGGACGGAUCAUCUAUUGGUCAAUUUUAUUCUAGUGAUAGCUACAUCGUUCAUUGGACGUAUUCCGUCACAAUUACUGGCAGAGAGCUCAGUGGUUUGCCAUCUAAGCACUUGGCUAAAGGUCGCGAUAGAUCUGUGUACUUUAUUUGGCAAGGUCGAAAUGCAUCCUUGAAUGAACGAGGUGCCGCGGCAUUAUUAACGGUCGAAUUAGAUAGCAAUCGAGGUCCUCAGAUUUAUGUUGUUCAAGAACACGAACCAGCUGUUUUUUUAAAUUUAUUUGCUGGAAGAAUGGUGAUACAUAGUGGCAAGAAAUCUGAGAAAAAAUGUGAAAGACGUUGGAGAUUGUACAUAUGUCGAGGAACUUUAGAGAAUGAGACAUUCUUAACUGAAAUCCCUUGUAGUACUCGACAAUUGAGAAGUAGAGGUUCCUUCAUAUUACUAGAUACCGAAAAUGCAAAACUAUAUAUCUGGCAUGGGAACAAUUCCUUGUAUCAUAUUAAAGAAAAUGCAAUAAAAGCUGCAAAUAAAUUGAAAGAAAAUCGACCUGAAGAAGCUGGAUUAUCAAACAAAAGUAACAUACAAAUAUAUGAAAUACAAGAAGGUUCGGAAUCUGAAGAAUUUAGUAAUGCAUUAGGUGGUAUGAAUAGAAAAUUGUAUUGGUCUUUAGAAACAGUUGAAAUACAAGAUCAUACUCCAAAGCUUUAUCAUUUAUACAGUGUUUCUAAAAAAUUCCGCGCAACGGAAAUACUUUGUCCAUAUCGUACAGAUCUGAUAACACCAUUUCCUUUCUCACAAGAUGAUUUGUAUCAAGCAAACCAGCCAGCCUUAUUUUUAUUGGAUGACAAGAAUAUGAUUUGGAUUUGGCAAGGGUGGUGGCCUGAUAAUGGAACCGAAGAUCAAUCCGGAAGUAAAACUGUUCGCUGGCAGGCUGAAAGGAGAGCGGCAAUGAUGAUAGCGAUACGAUAUUGGCGAAAGACUCGAAACGUACAAGCAACGAAUCUUCCAAUAUACUUAAUAUGGGCUGGUUUAGAACCGUUACAAUUUAUAAAUCUUUUCCCAGAAUGGACGUAUCGGGAUGACGUUGCUGAAUUAAAUAUAGAGGAUGGUCGGAAUCCAGGAGAAGUAUUAAUUGUGGAAAAUGAAUUGACUCGUCUAACGCAAAGCACAUAUCUUCCUGCUCAGCUGUUACAAAGACCUCUACCUGACGGAGUCGAUCCAACACACCUCGAAUUGUAUUUAUCUCAACAACAUUUUCAAGAGUUGCUGGGAAUAAGCAAAGAAGAAUUUCAACAGCUUCCAGUCUGGAAGCAAGUGAAUCUCAAGAAAGAUAUAGGAUUAUUCUGAUGGAUCAUCCUAGGUGCGAUUAGCUGCCCUUUCAAAAUUUUCGAGUCUUUGUUAAUUGUUUUACAAUAUCUACACUUGAGAAUCAGAAAAAAAUAUCAACUUCUAGACGUAUUUUUCUUGAAACUUUUCGUGUAUAGAAAAUAAAACAUUUCGAGAAACAUUUUGUGAAUCGGUGAAACAUUAUCGAUGAUAUUUCUAAUAAUAAUAAUAAUUAAUGAAA